GGGGCGCUGGUGAGCGCUUUAGCUGACGACACCGUUCACCUGUGGAACCUGAGGCAAAAGAUUCCCGCCAUCCUGCACUCCUUGAAGUUCAACAGGGAGAGGAUCACCUACUGCCACCUGCCCUUCCAGAGCAAGUGGCUGUACGUGGGGUCAGAGCGGGGCAACAUCCACAUCGUCAACGUGGAGUCCUUCUCGCUGUCGGGAUACGUCAUCAUGUGGAACAAAGCCAUCGAACUCUCCUGAUCGGGUUCGAGUGUGGGGUCGUGGUUCUGUGGGACCUGAAGUCCAAAAAGGCCGACUACCGCUACAGUUAUGAUGAGGCCAUCCACUCCAUCGCCUGGCACCAUGAGGGGAAGCAGUUCAUCUGCAGCCACUCCGACGGCACGCUGACCACGUGGAAUAUCCGGACCCCGGCCAAGCCGGUCCACACCGUCACGCCACACGGGAAGCAGCCGAAGGACGGGAAGAAGCCGGAGCCCUGCAGGCCCAUCCUGAAGGUGGAGUACAAGACCACCAGGGCGGGGGACCCCUUCAUGGUCCUGUCUGGGGGGCUGUCCUACGACACGGUGGGGAGGAGAGCCUGUCUGACCGUCAUGCACGGGAAGAGCACCGCCGUGCUGGAGAUGGACUUCCCCAUCGUGGAUUUCCUGACGCUCUGCGAGACUCCGUACCCGAACGACUUCCAGGAGCCGUACGCCGUGGUGGUCCUCCUGCAGAAGGAUCUGGUGGUGAUCGACCUCGGACAGAUCGGGUACCCCGUGUUCGAGAGCCCGUACCCCCUGAACAUCCACGAGUCCCCGGUGACCUGCUGCGAGUACUACGCCGACUGCCCGAGCGACCUCAUUCCAGCGCUCUACUCUGUAGGCAACCGCCAGAAGAGACAAGGCUACAGCAAGAAGGAGUGGCCCAUCAGUGGGGGGAACUGGGGGCAGGGCGCUCAGAGUUACCCCGAGAUCAUCGUCACUGGACACGCCGACGGCUCCAUCAAGUUCUGGGACGCUUCUGCAUUGAUGCUGCAGGUGCUCUACAAGCUGAAGACUGCCAAAGUGUUCGAGCGUCCUCGCUGUAAGGAGGAGAAGGCCGGCGGCGCCGAGGCCGGCAUGGACGAGGACCCGUUUGCCGUGCAGACCUUCUUCUGGUGUCCCGAGAGCCGGAUGCUCUGCGUGGGGGGGGUGUCGGCCCACCUGGUCGUCUACAGGUUCAGCAAACAGGAAGUGAGCGCCGAGGUGGUCCAGCUGCUGGAGGUGCGUAUGCAGAGUGAGACGAGCAGCGUGGACUCUCCUGAUCCCGGAGAUCAGACCCCCCCCGGGACGACCUCCAGCCCACAGGAAGGCGACGCCCCGCCCCCGGCGGUCUGUGGCUCCUCUGAAGGACCUCGGGACAGCCCCCCGUGUCUGCAGGUCCGGAGCCCCCCCCUGAAGCAGUCGGCGGGGUACCAGGUGGAGCUGGUGAUCCAGCUGGUGUGGGUGAGCGGGGAGCCCCCCCAGCAGAUCACCAGCCUGGCCCUCAACUCCUCCUACGGCCUGGUGGCGUUCGGGAACAGCACCGGUCUGGCGGUGGUGGACUACUUGCAGAAGACUCUGGUUCUCAGCAUGAGCAUGUCGGAGCUGUACAACCCCGCCGAGCCACUGCUGCACUCGCCACGGAAGUCCCAGCAUCCCUCUGGAGCACUGUGCGACUCCAACGACGGGACAAACCACCUGGACGAUCGCUGCAAGUCCCCCACCUCAGGCUCCGCCUCCCCCUGCAACUCAGACGAGGAGCGGAAGCAGAAGUUCAUAGAGAAGGUGAAGUUCAAAAGCAGACGCUUUUCCAAGACGGUUGCCAAUGACUUUGCCAAGAUUUCACGGAGAAUUAGCUCAUCCAAUGAGCAAAAGCCGGAGCAUGAGCGCAGGUCCGGACUCCGGCUGGCCUGCAGGAGGAGCUGCGCCUCCUCCAAAGCCAAGCCCCCCCAGAUGAGGCUGAAGGACGAGCUGUGUCGAAGCCAGUCUGACCCCACCCCCUACGCCAGGGACGGCUCGUCCAGCCGCUCCCGCAGCUCCAGCGUGACCAGCAUCGACCGCGAGUCUGCAGAGGUCCUCUCCGCCCUCCUCUUCGCCGAGACCCUCCCCAGGAGGUCGGAUGGGGGGCUCAGCCCCUGCCUGAUGGUGGGGGCCUCCCAGGGCUCUGUGGUGAUGCUGUCUCUGACGCUGCCCCCCGCUGGAGAGCAGAGGCUGCUGCAGCCCGUCAGCCUCACCUGCUGCGGCAGCCUGACCAGACUGAGGGGGGGCGUCCUGACCAUGGCUCUGCUGGACUCCACCGGGGCUCUGCUGCCCCCCCCCUACGAACCGUGGUGCGACCCCAACGCCUCGGACGAGGAGAAGGCGCGGCGGCGCAGGCCAGCCUCCCCACCGCCGCCGUCGGAGGGCCAGGACGCGCAGUACGCCGUGCUCUGCUCGGAGAAACAGGCCAAGGUGGUUUCCAUGGCGACGCAGAGCGGCGUCCACAAACACAGCAUCACCGAGGCCUCCUUCGUGCUCAGGGCCGACGUGGUGCACGUGGCCGGGGCGUACUGCAUCGCCUGCUUCUGCGCCAACGGGCACAUCAUGGCCCUCAGUCUGCCCAGCCUGCGGCCGCUGCUGGACGUCAACUACCUGCCGCUGACGGACAUGCGGAUCGCCAGAACCUUCUGCUUCUCCAACCAGGGCCAGGCGCUGUACCUCACCUCCCCCACGGAGAUCCAGAGGAUCUCCUACAUCCAGGAGACCUGCGACAACCUGCAG